AGGUACUUAAAAAUCAGUGAGAUUGGAACUCAUGCAUCAUGGUUCACGGGUUGAUAAAACAAAAGUUGGACCACUUGGGUCAAAAUUUUUUGAUUCUGCUGUAUCUGUUACUAGUGGCCUCAAUUCAGAAACUUGGUUCCUUGAAUUUAUUGUUUUUGGUGGUGAACUGAGACGAGACGUUAGGCAUGCUUCCAUUAGUGAAAUUAUCUCAAUGUAUGAGUUUGUACGUGAUUAUGGACCAAGUGUAAUGACCCAUUAAUCCAUUAUGUAUAUGGUUCUCAUAAAGGAAGGAGACGAGUUAUUUGAAGUACAGCAAACAGUAUAGCAAGGUUACAAUGUCUUCAGUUUAUAAGAAGACUGUCAGAGGGUCCAGCUAAACUGGUGCAGUUCUCAUAUUUACAGACUGUUCCUUAUGGUGAAGUGGUUUUGCAGACUUUAGCUUUAAGUUUUUGGGGGUGGGCCACUGAUAACAAAGUUUGAGCGAACAAAUUAUCAAUGAGUUUAGUGGAGUAGAUCUGUUGAAGACCUUUCUGAUGUUAGUAUUCAUGUGUUUGACAUAGAUGGAAGUGUGUACUUGCGCAAGUGGAUGAAAUCACCAAGUUGGUCAGAUAACAUGUCGGUCACCUUCUGGAGGAAUUCUUUAGUUAAACGUGGGAUUGUGCUGGCAAAAAACCUUGUUGUAGGUGAUCUAAGUCUUGUUGAGAGGGCAGCAUUGACAUGCAAAGUGAAAAGUCGAAUAGUGGAGAAGACCCGAGCAACAAUUGAUGCAGCUAUGAUCAAAGGAAUACCAAGCAAUAUUGAUCUUUUCAAGGAGCUUUUGAUUUCCUUGGUAGUGGUUGCAAAAAAAUUUGACGAGUCUAGGCAGUGGAAGAAGCCAUGUUUAACUCUAUCUUUUUUAUUCAUUGUUUAUACCAUUAUUUUCAGAAAUUUACUGUCUUAUGUGCUCCCGGCAACCAUUGUGACUAUGGCUACCACUAUGCUUUUAUUGAAGGGUCUCAAAGAACAAGGGCGUCUAGGAAGAUCUUUUGGUAGAGUAGUAAUACAAGAUCAGCCACCCUCAAAUACAAUCCAGAAAAUAAUUGCUGUAAAGGAUGCCAUGACAUACAUCGAGAACUAUCUUCAGAAUGUUAACAUUGUUCUCCUUAAAAUUAGGACGAUUUUGUUAUCUGGUCAACCUGAGGUGACAUCUGAAAUUGCUAUGGUGCUUCUCGGUUUGGCUAUUAUUCUCCUUGUGAUUCCUUUUAAGUAUAUUCUUGCUUUCGUUAUCUUCGAUCUUUUUACGCGUGAGUUAGACUUCCGAAGGAAAAUGGUUAUCAAAGUCAUGAAGUUUCUAAGAGAACGGUGGGCUGCUGUUCAUGCGGCACCUGUGGUGGUACUCCCAUAUGAGAGUACUGAUAUGGUUGGAGUCGACAACACUGAUGCAGAUAAAACAGAUCUGAAGGAUAUUGGAAAACGGUAAUGCUGCAGCCAUAGUGUAGAAAUGUAUGAAAUAUCAAUA